GGAGUGACGACACACGAAAACUGCGGGCCCCGAUUGCAGCAGCCCCUUGUCACUGUGACGAAGAUUGGCACUAAGUCACACAGGUCUUGGACUGUAAUGCACAAGUAUUGGCAUCUUUGGCAUCGACCAUGAUGGAAGCCCAGUCGGCAUCUCUAGAUGAGUACCCAGAGGUGGAUCAGGUCUUGGUGCAGAUGCGGGUGGGAGCGCAGGCGGACGCAGAGAGCGAUCCGGAGCAGAGCCUGACGGAGGGGGGAGCAGGCAGUCCCUCGGCCCCACAACCCCAGACGCCCAUGGACACGGACAAGCAGGCCAUCUACAGGCACCCUCUAUUUCCGCUGCUAGCCUUGCUCUUUGAGAAGUGUGAGCAGUCGACUCAGAGCUCAGAUUGCGUCAGCUCUGCCAGCUUCAACGUAGACAUUGAGAACUUUGUCCGCAGCCAGAAGAAAGAGGGCAAGGGCUUCUUCUGCGAUGACCCGGACGUUGACAACCUGAUGGUGAAGGCCAUCCAGGUGCUUCGCAUCCAUCUGCUGGAGCUGGAGAAGGUUAGCGACCUGUGCAAGGACUUCUGUAGCCGCUACAUUGCCUGCCUUCGCACAAAGAUGAACAGCGAGACCCUGCUUAGUGCAGGAGAUACUGAUAGCCCAUGUUCCCCAGUCCAGAUUCAGACUUCCAGCCCUCUCACAGGAACCCUCAGCCCCCAGGGCCUUGUGAUGUCUGCCUCCGCCCUGCAGCAGGGCAACGUUACCUUGACGACAGUCAAUUCAGCUGGCCAGGUGGUAGCAGGUAUGUCUCCCUGGCAUACCACCUCUACAGGGGGUACAGUGUACCAGCCAAUCACGGUAGUCACCCCUCAGGGACAGGUGGUGGGACAGGCUAUCUCACCACAGACAAUACGCAUCAACAACACACAGCUCCAGGUGCAGCUGAACCAGGAUCUGAGCAAUUUCUUCACCCAGGAGGACAGCUCAUCCAAAAGCAACAAGAGGGGCGUCCUUCCCAAAUCAGCCACCAACAUCAUGCGCACCUGGCUGUUCCAGCAUAUAGGGCAUCCCUAUCCCACGGAAGAUGAAAAGAAACAGCUUGCCAUACAGACCAACCUGACCCUGCUGCAGGUCAACAACUGGUUUAUUAAUGCAAGGAGGCGGAUCCUACAGCCCAUGAUGGACAGCAGUGCGUCAGACACGACCAAGAGCAGAAAGAGGACUCCCCAGAGCCGGCCCACCCAGCGUUUUUGGCCCAUGGCCAACAACAUGGACUCUGCGGAUGUAGGGCAAGAGGUUGCCAUGGAUAACGAUGUUACCAUGGUUACGAUGGGCAUGAGCGUAGACGAGCUGCAGACGUUGACAUCAGACAGUGCAACGCUGGCCAUGCAGCAGGUGAUGAUGGGAGGACACAGCGAGGAGGAGGAAGGCGAGAGCGAGGAGGAAGAGGAGGAUGAAGACGAGGAGGAUGAAAUGGCUGGAUUGGAGUGAUGUUCCACUACAGAGGGACUUGAUGUCAGAAUCUUGCAUGCCUGUAUUUGACUAGAUGUAUUACUCAACACUCAUCAGUGUCUAAGACUACCCACACUGGACCUUUAAGGUCCAACUAGAAACAGAGAAAAAAGUGCUAUUUUUAUAUGCAAACUGUUUGGAAUGAAGGCUUUUUUUUCUUCUUUGGUUUUGGCUUUUUUUGCGUAGUGUUUUUAUUUUGUUUAGUUCUUUUUUUAAAGAAUAUUUAUGUAUGAACAUUACAUUUCCAAUAUGGCUGACCUACUUUUUAAGG